AUGGCGGGCAGACAGAGGGCGCUACAGCGCAGCACCGCCUCCCUCCGUCCCUCCGACAUGGCGGCCGUGCCCCGCCACCGCCGCUUCCUGGGCGGCUUCAUCUGCGGGGCUGCGGCGGGCGCCGCCGCUUCGUGCUGGGCAGCGUGGCGGCUCCUGCGGAGCCAGAGCCAAGCGGAGCCGAGCCCCGAGGAACCAGUAGAAGAGUCUCUGCUGGAAAAAUACGGAUUCCCUGAAGCUGGAACAGAGACCAGAUGUUACACAAAUCAUGCGCUGUCUUAUGACCAGGCAAAGCGGGUGCCUAGAUGGGUGAUUGAACAUAUUUCAAAACAGAAGAUGCUGGGCAAUGCAGACCGAAGGCACUGUAAAUUCAGACCAGAUCCUAACAUCCCUCUGAUGUUCAGUGCUGUCAAUGAAGACUACCUUGGGAGCGGAUGGUCACGAGGACACAUGGCACCAGCAGGAGAUAACAAAUUUUCAACAAGAGCCAUGGCUGAAACAUUUUAUCUCUCUAACAUUGUGCCUCAGAACUAUGAAAAUAAUGCUGGAUUUUGGAACAGAAUGGAAAUGUAUUGUCGGGAAUUGACGGAAAGAUUUGAGGAUGUUUGGGUGGUUUCUGGACCUCUGACCUUGCCUCAAACUAAUGACGAUGGGAAGAAGCGUGUUACAUACCAGGUAAUUGGAAAGGAUGAUGUGGCAGUGCCAUCCCACCUCUACAAGGUGAUCCUUGCCCGGCGGACCCGAACAUCCACGGAGCCUUUGGUACUGGGGGCUUUUGUGGUGCCAAAUGAUCCCAUAGGCUUCAGUCACCAGCUGACUGAAUUCCAAGUCAAUAUUGAAGAUCUGGAAAAAAUGUCAGGUUUGGUUUUCUUCCCCCAAGUGGACAAAACCAAAGAUGUUAAAGAUAUCUGUGAGGUGGACACCUGUAAACUGAUGGGAUUCAAGGAGUUUACAUUGUACAUCGUUACCCGAAAAGUGCAGAGUGCCAGGACAUUGCACCGCUUGGAAAAAGCCAUGUCAGAGUUAAAGGAGGCAGGAAUUGAGCCUGAUGAGUAUCUUCUAAAGCUUCACAAGAAGAAGGAGGAAGAAUUACAGCAGGAAAAACAAAUAGCAGCUAGAGAGGGGAGGGCUGGCUGAGUACUUGGUUAGGAAGAUGCUUUUUUUUGUACGUGGAGAGGGGAGCCAAGGCAUAAAGAAAGGAAGUGUCUUUAUAAAUUGUCCUUUUCUGAAUUAGGAAAACAACAAAGAAACAUUUGGCUGUUGUUGGAUUUGGAAUAAUGUUCAUUCUUGUGUAACAUGAUGCCCGCACAUGGUUUGCUGCAGUAUUUAAAUGUGGGAAAUGAAAAUGACCCCUUUCUGGCAUGAAUGGAUUACAGGACCUCCAGAAAAGGCUUUGUGCUAUUUUCCAAGCCAGACGUCAGACUUGGGGGUUGUAUGGAAUCCCUUCUAGGAAUACAAUAAAAAUAGAUGGUGGACACCUUGGGAGUGUAACUGGAACGUGUCUGAAUGUAAUUCAGCCUGCAAUUGCCUUUCGGUAUGAUGCUAUAGAAACAGUAGUUUCUGGAAGUUUAUAAAUUAAAUCAAUUAAGAAAUAUUUUAUUGAACUCUUCUGACAGAGGCUUGUAAGGCAUAAUCUGAAUCCCUUGCAAUCUUUAUAUAGUUGUGGCAGACAAAACAGAUUGUCCCUUACCUCUCCUGACCUUGCAUUCUUUGGAUACUUCAGCAUGUCAGUAGCUGUCAACUGUUGUCAUUUGCGGUGGGCUUCUUCCAUUCACGUAUAGCCCUCCAAAUUUAAAAAAAACACAGAGCAAUUAAGGCAGAGUUUACACAGGUUGCUGCUCCUUUAGAUUAUAUCUAAUGUAUUAGUGUAAUUAGUGUGAGCCUGGUGUUUUAAUUUCAUCACAAAGUUUGGAUAAAUGCGUGUUGUUUAUUGUUUGAGAGGUGAAUGCUGCUCUCCUUUGGUUUGUGGUGAUCACUCACUGUCUUGGAUACAUCUUCAAACAUAAAUCAGUAUCCUGUGGGAUUGUCUGGAAAGAAAGUGUAAAAAUUGACAAUGUAAGAAUAUUUACUAAUUAUAAGAAUCUUUCUGGGAAGAAACUUUUCAUAAUUCUAAAGGUGAGAACUUACAUUUUCUUAGGACGAUCUUGUGCUGGGUGGAUUGGGUUGUUUUCAUAAAGAAUGAAUCAGGAGCAUUAUUUGGA